AUGCGUGGAGCGAGUACGGGGCAAGAUCCCGAUCUUCAAGCUCCCCAGUCUGCGGGCACAGAGCCCAUGAAUCCAUCGGAAAGACUGGACCCCUCUGGUCCAGAAUCAACCCCGGAUCAGAGGGCUUCCAAUGCCACUGAAAUCCCGCAAUCCAAUCCGGGCGCAUCUUCUCAGCAGGUCUCUUCGUCUGUCGCAUCGGCCUCGAACCCUCCAGAUACCGAGGGAGCCGAUGCGCCCAAGAAGCAUCAUUUGUUGAUCCCAAUUCCGUCCCGCCGCUCCUCGAAGACGGAUAAACAAUCGACUUCGGAAAGGACCGAGGAACCAAUGCAGGAACCUUCCGCUCGAAGGGGCUCCAAAGUCAGCAUCCUCAAGGUCCACCGGGAUCGUAGCCGAGCAAGUAGUAGACGGUCGCGACGAACGACGCAGGAUGUGGCAAACAUGGAGAAAUCCCAGGGAUCCGCCACUCCAACUACCCCGGAGAUGAACGACCCUCCACGAUCACCGAAGAAGAGCAAGUUCCUAUCGUUCCUCAGUUGCUGCUCGUCGCCAGGCGUAGAUGGUGACGAUGAUGCCGUUCUUCCCGCAAAGAGAUCGACUGCACCGCAGCCUGCUUCCAACCGGCUCCCAACCCCUGAUAAAGCGGAAGCUCAUACCGGAGACUCAAGUACCGCUGAGUCUAGAGAUCCAGCAUACUUUGAAAAUGAGAAAUCGAAUUUGACUCGCUCCGCCGCCGACGUGCCUGGCGAAGAGACUUCUACCGCUGUCAAUCAACCCGACACCUCAGAAACGACCGCAACGGAGCAGCAAGAGAAAUCUUCGUCAGGUCAGCCCCCGAUGGCGAACGGUAUCAUUUCCGAAUCUAAGACAGAUGAUGUCCCGCUCGAAAGCGAGAUCCAACCUCAAACGACAGAACAACCCGCUGCAGUUGAAUCCACCUCGAAGCAACCGAUCAAUGGCGAGACUGAAGACCAUACACAUGAGGAGGAAGUCAUCAGGCAGCCACCUCAGACUACGGUCGUGCUACCGCCACCCCCUCCCCCGCCGAUUCCUGAGGUCCCUUCAGCGCCAGAAAGAACCGAUCAACAAUGGUUGCUUCCUCCAGUGGUCCCUCGCUUGCAAGGCAGAAAGUGCUUAGUUUUGGACCUUGAUGAAACGUUGGUGCACAGUAGUUUCAAGGUUCUCGAACGUGCCGAUUUUACAAUUCCCGUUGAGAUUGAGGGCCAGUACCAUAAUAUUUAUGUGAUCAAGCGCCCAGGAGUUGAUCAGUUCAUGAAACGCGUUGGUGAACUAUAUGAGGUUGUAGUAUUUACUGCUUCGGUUUCCAAGUACGGUGAUCCUUUAUUGGACCAGCUUGAUAUCCAUAAUGUGGUUCAUCAUCGGUUGUUCCGAGAGAGUUGCUAUAACCAUCAAGGGAACUACGUAAAGGAUCUUUCUCAAGUUGGCCGUGACCUCCGUGAAACGAUCAUUAUUGAUAACUCGCCUACCUCGUACAUCUUUCACCCUCAACACGCGAUACCCAUCAGUAGCUGGUUCUCUGACGCACACGACAAUGAACUGCUUGAUCUUAUUCCGGUUCUCGAGGAUCUUGCUGGGGCCCAAGUCCAAGAUGUCAGCAUGGUCCUGGACAUCUCUCUGUGA